CUAUCUUGAGGUUGGCAUGUUACCUAGACACGCGUCGCCUUAUCCGGAGAGUACGGAAGCUCGCAUGUUGGUUGCAAGUUGGAUGGCAUAGACCUAGGCGACAAGGACAACCCAAUCAUCUAGCCGGACACCUACUCCUUUUGCCCAGCGGCAUCAGAACUGAAGUGUAACGAAACGACGGGGGAAAAGUAAGGAAUAGCCUCAUAAGCAUAAAGACUACACUGGCAAGUUUCUAUGAGAUCCACGAGAUGCGAUGAGAUUACGCCCGGAUAGCGAAAAAUAUUAGGUGUAUCGGCAGCUCGAACUCGAACCAAAGGUUCAGGUAGAAAAAGAAAAGCGAAGGGAUAUGGCUUGCGCAAAUAUAGGCAUUCUAUUCUUAAUUGACGCAUUUUCUGGUCACGACAAUCCGUUCUUUGAAAUUACUUCUCAUAUCGCUGUCAUGUCUUCUGCAAACUUACCAGUUAUUCUCCUCGUCCCGGGUGCAUUUGGCACGGCUGAAGGCUUCGACCCGAUAGUCCCUCACUUGAAAGAAGCUGGGCUCUCAACUCACCCAGGACCGUACCCCAGCAAUAACCCUUCAGAUCCGACUACAGCAACUUGCGCAGAGGAUAUUGCUUCAUUGCGCGACAAUGUUCUCCUCCCUCUUCUAGAGAAUAGAGAUGUUGUCAUCCUCGCCCAUUCUUACGGCGGCGCAGCGAAGAACCUAGACAAAGAGACCCGCAGUAAGGAAGGGAAGACCGGCGGGGUUGUUGGGCUUAUUUACGCUGCGGGCAACAUCACACUUGAAAACGAAUCCCUGUUCGAUGCGAUCGGCGGUAAUUAUCCCCCGUUUAUCAAAGUGGACAAGCCAUCUAAAGGGCUUUCUCUGAUUGAGCCAGCAACGGAGGUCCUAUAUAACGACUGCGACCCUGCGCUAGCUGCGAAACUGGAGAAAGAGAUGACGCCGCAUGCUUGUUUGGCGUUUGAGACGAAAGCUACGGCGCCUGCUUGGGCGGAUAAAGCAUUUGAUGGGAAGAGGGCGUAUAUCCGCACCGUAGAUGAUAGUUGCAAUCCUACAUUUGUCCAGAAUUUAUGGCUGGAGAAGUCGAAGGUCAAAUGGGAUGUGGUCGACUUUAAAACGGGGCAUAUGCCGUUCGUCAGCCAGCCGGAAAAGUUAGCUGCGCAAAUUGCGAAGCUUGUUAAUGGGUUCUUGGGCAUUUAGUUCUCAACAUGUUGUUGUAGCUACCAGUACUAACGCCGUUUG